AUGGCCAGUAAUAAUACUCAACAAACUAUUAAUAAUAAACCACAAAUUAAAAUUUUUCCAAGUAAAUUAAAUAAAGAUAAUAAAAAUGCUAUUGAUUGGCAUUGGCAAAAUUUAGUAGCCUAUGGGUGUUAUUCACACGUUGUUAUUGUUGAUCCAUUUCAUUUGCAAGUAUUACAGACAUUAGAUGAACAUAGAUAUAAUGUUUCCAUUGUAAAGUGGUCAAACGACAUUUCUGUGUCAUCAACAACCUAUUUAUCAUCAAAUCCACAAAUCAAUAUUGGUAGUCAAUCACCACCACAAGGGUCACAGCAAUCAUCACCAUCACAACAAGCUCAACAACAAGCACAACAGCAUAAUAAUCUUAUUAGAUUAGCAUCAGCCGAUAUUAAUGGUCAUAUUUUAAUUUGGAGUGUUUUGGAUGCAAAUGUAUUAAUGUAUCUACCAAAUACCGAAUCCAAUCAUAGAUCAUCUAUCAGUGACUUGUGUUGGCAUCCCGACGAACCAGAUCUUUUGCUAGCAUUACAUACAAACUAUAUUAGUCUUUGGAAUGUUAGUAGUGGUGUUAAAAUUUGGAAGCGUGAUAUACCGGAUGGUUUCAGUGGUUAUUCAAUUCAAUUUGAUCCAUUUAAAUCUACUAGAGUUUUUUUAGCUACAAGUUUUGGUUGUAUUUAUAGUAUCGACGAGUUAACAACCAACACUAUACCUCAUUUAGAUUUCAAAUAUCGUAUCUCAAGUAAAAACUCCACACCCAUAAUUAAUCGUGAUUUAAAUCAACUAUCAACUCAGUGGACACAAAUUUUAAAUUCAACUUCUUCAGGUCAAUUAUCAUCAAGCUCUUCUCAAUCAGCCCCAACAAGUUCAGCUUCAUCAAAUACAGCACACUCCCAACAACAGCAACAUUUAGAUUUUAUUCAAAUGAAGUUUUCACCUUACAAUAAAAACUUGAUCUAUUUUGUAUUGCGUAGAGAAAUUUUCAUUUACGAUUCAACCACUAAUCAACUUUUUGGUAGUCUUGUAUUGGAUAGAAAUAAAAGCAAUUUUUUAAAGAUACUUUUGUGUAGAGACAAUCCAAAUUUAAUGUUUACUCUUCAUGAAGAUGGCUCUAUAACAUCUUGGAGCCGUCGUGUCGAUGGCUACAACUCUCACAAUUACGAUCAACUUAGCGUUUCAGAUUUAUCACACUAUUUGAAAAAGAGUAAGAAAAAGAAUCACCAAAUUUAUUCUUGCACCAACAGCCCAUUCUUUGAACAAACUAUUCUUUCAAUUUCUGGUGAUGGUAUUCUUUGGAAGUGGGAUUUCAUUUCUGAAAUUACAACAAAUGCAGCAUCAAAUCUCUUUGCUCCAAGGCUAUCACCUUUAUCCCCUGUGCCACUAAAUGGUGUUAUUAAAUUAUCCAUCUCUGGCUUUAAUGAAACAGUUUCAUCUCCAAAUACUUCAUUGUCUGUAUAUCCAUUCUAUAACAGAGCUAGUAUAUCUCUAAUUGCUAUAGGUACAGUUCAUGGAACAAUUCAAAUAGUUAACAUGUCCAAUUUAAAGGUUCAAAAAGAAAUUUUUGUUUGGAAUCGUCCAAUUUAUGGAAUUCGUUGGCUAUCUCCAGGAAGAGUAUUGUGUUUUUCAUUUGAAGAACCAGAAAAAGGAAACUAUAUAAAUAGUAUUACCUCUGUUGAUUUUAGAUCAGGUAGAAUUAAAGAGUUUAGAAAAGUAUCAGGACCAGAACCAACACCAAUUAGAGGAAUUAGGUUAUCAUUUUCAAGGAAAUUUUUAAUUAUAUUAUUUAAAGAUAGACCAUUCGAACUAUGGGAAACAAAGAAAUUUACAUGCUUAAGAUCAUUCAAACCAUUUGUUCAUAUUGUUGGAUUGGAAUGGCUUCCACCCAGAGAAGACUCUGAAGUUGAACUAUCUUCUGAUUUUAGUAAAUACGAGGCAAAAGAACAAUUUACAUUUAUUAUGCAAGAUGGAACCAUCAAGAAUUGUACAAUAGAAUCAAAUUCAGUAACUUUACAAGAUGUCCAUGUAGAUUUAGGUCCAUUACAAUCAUGCUUUGCAUCUAAACGUGAUUAUUUAGUUAGUGGUGAUAUGGGUGGUACAUUACAUUGUUGGAACAGUGCUAAAAAGAAACUACACACCUUUUCAACCCAUAGAGGUCCAAUAAAGAAAAUUAGAUUCUCUCCAAAUGCCUCAAGUAACGAAAUUUUAGUUCUUUUUUCAAAUGGUGAAUUUGGUAUCUGGGAUUUAAAUCUAAAUCAAAGAAUUGCUGUUGGUUCCUAUUUGUUAGAACGUGAUAUUAGAGCCAUCGAUUUUGAAUGGUUAACCGAAAAUAAUCCAAUGAUUGUUGGCUCAGAUCACAGUCUUAGAGUAUUGGAUCUUUCCCUAAGUGUUACCAAUUCAAGAUUUACAUUCUCUAGCUCUAUAGCUCAAUCAAUCUACUCAUCCGAUUCAAAUAGUGGCAGUGGUGGUUAUUUAUACUCUCCAAUUCUUUUACCAACUAUUCAAUAUUUACAAUUAAAGAACCUUUUAUUAAAUUAUAGAAUAUUCCUAUACUCUGACCCAUUAGAAGAAAGACAAGAUUUAAAUCGAUCAUACGACUCGACAUUCAUUAUAAAAGAUAAUAAUGAAAAAAAUCAAAAACUUUUAUCAUUAGUAGAUGAUAAAAUCAUCUCUAUUUUAUCAGGUCAGUAUAACAAUGAACCACAAUCACAGUCGCAGCAAGAGGAAGAAGGAGAACAAGAAAAAAAUAUUAGAAACAGCUCAUCUUUUAUUUACAAAACUAGUGGUAUAAGUAUUGCAGAGUCCAUUUUAACAGUAUCUCAGUAUUUUGGUGAUAGUAAAGAAAUAGAGUUUUGGAGAAUAUGUAUUUCAACACUCACAAGAAUGAAAAAUAGAACACAAAAUAACAACUUGCCAUUUUAUAAUCAAGAUUUAAUUGAAUUUUAUGACUCAUUACCAUGUGUACCACCAAUUCCAGUAGUUGAAACCAAUACUGCCACAAAUACAACAAAUUCAUUAUCACCCCAAAUUCAAAUUUCAAAUGUUAACAAUAGCAAUAUUAUAUCACCAAACCCAGCAAAUACAACACCAGUUUUAUUAACAGGUAAUACAAACUCUAAUGCUAUAAAUUUAAAUAAUAUACCACCACAACAAAUAUCAACCAAUACCCCAUCAAACUCUGUCUCACCAUCAAUUCAAUCAUCAACACCACAACCUUCAAACAAUGCUGCAACAACAGCUGCAAGUAUUUUAAAGAAACCAUUAGCAUCAUUCUUUGGUUUUGGCCAAAAAACUUCGUCACCACAACAAACAACCCAAUCAUCACCUCAACCAUCAUCACAAUCUGUUCCACAACAGCAGCAACAACAACCAUCCCAAAAUCAACCCCAAAAUAUAUCAAAUAAUCAACAACAUUCUGUAGCUCAAUCACCACCCUCAACUCCCUCAAAAGGACUAAACAAUAUUUUAUCUCCAUCAACAAUUUUCCCAAUUUUAUCUGUUGGUAACAAUACCACACCAAACCCAGCUACUACCUCUACACCAAACCCACUAUCUAUGUCACAAGUUUUUUCAUCUGUAGCAUCACAACUUAAUCAAUCGACAAUGGAUUUAGGGCUAUCAGAUGCCAGUAUGAACUCUGGUGGAUCAAAUACACCAUCACUUUACCUAUCACAUGAUUUAAAUAAAUCAAAUUGUCAUCCACGUGGAAACCAAGGUCAAAACUAUUUCCACCAAAAUACAUUACCAAAUUAUUACGAUAUAAUGUUAGAUCCACACAGCUUACGUUCAAUUGAAUUGGAUAAAGCAGAUUGUUACGAAAAGAAGAGACCAGAUAGCGAAUUAACAAAAAAACUCAUUGAAAAGAAUAUCUUACUAGGUAGAACUCCAAGAGCCGUUAAUCUACUUUUAGAUACUACCCCCGACCAUCCAGAUUUCUUUAAUCGUGCAAUGAAGGCAUGCGUUAUCUCUGCAUCAAUUUCGCCAGAAUACUACCAAAAUACAACCAAACUAAUAGCAGAGAAUUUAAUAGCAGUAGGCAAAUUAGAUGAAGGUGUUCAAUUCCUUUGCUUAAUUGGAAAAACUAUGGAAGCAUGCAAAUAUUUACAAUCAUGUGACCGUUGGUAUGACGCUGCAGUACUCUCAAAAACCAAUCUUUCCGAAGAAGAGCAUUUGGUAAUUUUUAGAGCAUGGAUCAAACAUUUAUUAUCAACUAAACAAAAACAAAACAUUCAACAAUCUAUUAACCUACUCUUAUCAAUUGGUGACUUUAAGAGUGUAGUUCAAAUUCUCUAUGAUACCCAACAAUAUGACAUUGCUUCGUUCAUCAUAGAUUGUUGUUUAGAGUAUGAUAUUUUAACAAUUCCAAGCUUUGACAACAAUGAUGACCAAGAUAACCAAGAGAAUGAUAUGGUAUCUUCCAUUUCUUUAGCCAUGAGCUCAUCAUUAAAAAUCAGUAUUUCAUCCUCAACAGGCAGUGGUAACAAUAUAUCUUUUAAAUUUAAUCAAUUGGUUCAAGUAAUCUUUAAAGAAUACGGUAAUUUACUUCACCAACUUGGUAAUUUCCAAGCUGCUCAAUAUUAUUGGAAGAAAGCAGGAAAAAAAGAUUUAAAUUUUUAA